AUGCUGAUAGAACGUGUCGAGUUGGCUUUCGCGCAGUUAAAGUUACAUGCUAGUGGAAAACUGAACCCAAACAAACUUGGCAUUAUUGGUUAUUGUUUUGGUGGCUUAGCAGUUUUAGACGCAGCUCGAGCUAACUUAGCUGGCUUGAAAGCUGCUGUAGUUUUUCACGGAUUUUUAAACGCACCACGUCAAAAACUAAAAACAAAAACAGCAAUACAAGCAAGCGUGUUAGUUCUUCAUGGCUAUGACGACAAAUCAGUUGCAUCUGAGAUUCCAAAAUUUGAAUCAGAAAUGAAUGCGCGUAACACGGAUUGGCAACUGAUCACGUAUAGUCAUACAGAUCACGCAUUUACUGUACCAGGUCAGCCACGUUAUCGAAAAAAAUCAGCAGAUCGAGCGUGGAAUGCAACUGUUCUUUUUCUUGCCGAAAAAUUUCUUUAA